AAAAGUUUCCUGUGGAACUUCUUCCCCCACUCUGGGCUCCGCGGCCGCCUAGCCGGGGCUGGCCGGGCUGCAGAGAAGCGGGCAGCGGAGUGGCUGCCGGACGGAGCGGAGGGCGAACGGCGGCGGCGGCGGCGCUGGGGGGGCUGGAGGGCUAGGCGCGGGAUCGGGCCCCCCCUCCCCGCCCCUCACUAGAGCGCAGCGGGGCAGCGGGCCCGGGGAGGAGCGGUGGAGGGGGCUCGCGGGCAGGAGCUGACGGCGGCGGCGGCGGCCGAGGAGUAGCGGGGCAAGCAAGAUGAGCCUGCUGUCAGCCAUCGACACCAGCGCUGCCUCGGUCUACCAGCCGGCCCAGCUCCUCAACUGGGUCUACCUGUCCCUGCAGGACACGCACCAGGCGAGCGCCUUCGACGCCUUCCGGCCGGAGCCGGCCGGCGCCUCCCACCCGGAGCUGGGCUACGGCAAGGGCAGCCCCGAGCAGCUGGGCUCGCCCCUCAACUCCAGCUAUCUCAACAGCUUCCUCCAGCUGCAGCGCGGAGAGGCCCUCAGCAGCAGCCUGUACAAGAGUGCAUCUCCCUAUGGCUCUCUCAACAACAUCGUGGAUGGGCUCAGCUCCCUCACCGAGCACUUCUCUGACUUGUCUCUCUCCUCUGAGGCCCGAAAGCCCAGCAAGAGGCCACCUCCCAAUUACCUUUGCCAUCUCUGCUUCAACAAGGGCCACUACAUCAAAGAUUGCCCCCAGGCUCGCCCCAAAGGUGAGGGUCUGACCCCAUACCAGGGCAAGAAGCGUUGCUUUGGAGAAUACAAGUGCCCCAAGUGCAAGAGAAAAUGGAUGAGUGGGAACUCUUGGGCCAACAUGGGACAAGAAUGUAUUAAGUGCCACAUCAAUGUGUAUCCUCACAAGCAGAGACCUUUGGAAAAACCAGAUGGCCUGGAUGUCUCCGAUCAAAGCAAAGAGCAUCCCCAGCACCUGUGUGAGAAGUGCAAAGUCUUGGGCUACUACUGCCGGCGAGUGCAAUAAAACCUUCCUGUGAUGGUGGGCCUUCCCAGCACCCCGCCACCCCCAAAGCUUCUGGCGGCAGAGCACCAUGGGUCCCCCUAUCCCCUACCCAAUCUACGAGAGUCCUGACACAAAUUCAACCUCUGGGAAGAAAAGAAAAGAUAUCACCAGUUAUCACCUAUCUAUAAAGGAAUAACAUGCCUUACAGUUAACAGAAUGUAACACUUGUUUGUGUGUGUGCAUGUGUGUGUUUGUGUUUGUGUCUGUGUUUUUCCCCCUCUGUGUAUGUGUGUGAGCCUGUACACAUGCAAGAUGUAUUUAUAGGAAUCUGGUUUUUUGUCUAGUGUUUUAGGACACACAGUGUUACUGAAAGUGUUCCUGACGGGACCGCCACCAGGCCAGGUGAGGGAGAGAAAGAGUGGGGGCUGUCCCAUUGAUUGUUUACACAGUUUUUUCCAAUGUCCUGGCCAAGAGAGGCAAAGGAUUGGACCCUUGGUCCUUUGGAUAUGAGGAAGAGCUGAGCAGGAGGCUCAGGGGCAUUGGGGGGCCAGUGAGUGUGGCCAGACCUCCAGACCCAUCCAACUUUCUGGGGUCAGUGAAGAUGAACUGAAGGCUUGACUUCUGCCAGUUAUAGGGGUGGGGGAUGGUGGGAGAAGGUAUUUUUUCUCUUCUCCUUGGCCUCUGCUGCCACUGCCUCCUACUUACCAUCUGACAGGGUAUGAACACGUGGUUUUUUUCUCAGGUCUCUCCCUGUCCAUUGGCUCCCUCUGGGUGUCCAGUUCAGCAUUAGGCCACAAACGCACUAAAUUUACUGUGAAUAAUAGGGAAACUGAAGGCACCCCUUUUCUCCCCAAGCCUGGACAGGCACCCUGACUUUAUAAUCAUGUGAAAAGCCACUUUUAUGGGAAAAAAUGUUUAUCUUAUUUUCUAUUCAAUAGAUGAGCUAUUAAUACAAGAAAACAUUUACCCACAUGUAGCAGAAGGGAGUGAGGAAAAUAGGAGAAAGCUCUGACAGGUGGAGUCCACACCUGCUCCCCAAAUACUCCUUUCCUUACCGCCUCCAACCCUGAAACUCCCCAAUAUAUUUCCAUCAUUUGAGAAAGGGGCAGCUCCUGGCCAGAGGGAAGAAGGCAAGGAAGAAAGAGUUGGACACUAUUGCAAAAACACCAGUCAAGUACCUUAAAGUAUCAGGUGAGCUCUUGGGCAGCCCGGCUUUGAUUGGUGAUCGGGCUAAGGCUUGUCCAGCCAUCAUUGGUCUUCCUUUGGACUGUUUUUUUUUUUUUUAGUCUCUGCUCCCUUUCAGUCCUCUCUCCUCAAUGCUUCCUUCUGUGGAAUUCCCUAGGGGAGGGAGUGUUCACAGCACUAAAUCACAGCUGAUCAUUCAAACAGAUUUUUUGAGAUUCUAACGGCCUCUGUAGGAAUUGCUUCCCAGCCCAAUCAGACUGGGGCUCUUAGUGAGAGGGACAAUAGGAAACUUCAAAGAGUUUACACUUGGAUCCUUAAGAAUGACUGACCAGUGAACUGAUCCCCCGCCCACACCGGCUCCCUGCCCCCAUGGGACCUUUCUAAGAAAAAAGCCAGGCUUUUGGUGACUGUAAUUUUCCCCCCUCAUCAAUGGCCAUGGUAGAGCCCAUGACAAAGGGAUUAGGAUGAGGUCCUCUAGUCCAUCAUCACUGCCACGUCCCUUUCCCUCCAUCCCUCCCCUUCUCUCAGUUCUUCCAAUGUUGUCUGGUAACCCUGACAUACCACUGUGCCUCUCUCUGGGCCAUAGGCUUCCCUCUCUGUAAAUGGGAAUGAUGGUUUUCCUACUUCCCAGGAGAGCAGAGAAGCCUUGCAACUGAACACUAGUCAGGCGUCCAGCUGUCUUAGAGACAGCAGGUACACGCUUUCCCUUGGGGCAAUGAAACUGUAUUUAUGUUAUGUAAUUUUCUUUCUUGGUGAUAGCCAUAUAUUCAAAAUUAGCUCACUCAGUUUGCCCCUGGGCACUCAGCCUUUGCUGAAGAAAACCAAUCAGACCAAGGAAUGAGACUGAAACUCUGUGUUUACUGUGGGUCGUGGCUCACCCAAAUUAGGCCUGAAAAGACUCUGUUUUCAAGUAGAAAUGCAUUUGUAGCUAGCAGCUGACAAGCUACAGUUAAGUGUUUAGCUGGGGAUCCAGGUCAUGAGAGAGGGUAUGUGUAUGGAUGCAGCAAGGAGGAGCAGGUUAGACUGAAGGCAGCUGAUGCCCCUUGAGCACUUAAUGAGAUAUUAGCAACAGCCUGGUGGUAGGAGCAGCUGACUUGGAGUCAGAAAGACUUAGGUUCACAUCUCACUUCAGACACUUACUAGCUGAGCAACCCUGGGCAAGUCACUUAACCUCUUUUUGUCUCCGUUUCCUUAUCUGUAAAAUAGGGCUAAUAAUAGCAUCUAGCUCACAGGAUUGCUGUGAGGGUCAAGUAAGAUAAUGUGUGGGAAGGAUUAUAACAAGCUCUCCUUCCCUCGUCCCCACCCCUCUCCAGUAGGGGCAGCAAGAUAGGGCAGGUCAGUUGCCCUCCUCCCCAGAUGGAGAAUUUCUACAAACAAUGUUCUAUGCCAUUCCAGAGGGCCCUGGUAUGGUGCUGAUCAUGGCUUUUAUCCUUGCCAUUUUGGAACUGAGAAAGUGAAUAUAUUAUUGUUCAUCAUGAUUAUAAAAUCCAGAAGAGCGAUAUUAACAAUAAUAAUAAUGGUAGAGGGCAGUGUGACCCUUCUGGACCAUUAGAACCCAACUCUGUGUUCUCAGCCCAAGGGUUCCCAAGGACCUGUCUCCAUAGGAUGGUUCCCAAACAAAAUCCAAGUCUUUGAGAUCCUCUCAAUUUCACUUGAAAUUCAAAGAAGACCACAAGCAGAGAACUUUUCUUGCUAUCUGCCCACCCUGUAGGAUAGAGUCUGUAAGCAAGGCAGAGGGGAGCCAGAAUUCCCUCUCCAAAGCUAAUUUUCCUGGUCUCCAUCAUGAGCCUAGCUAUUGGGAAGCCUGAAAUUGCCAAGAUGGUGUUACAAGAAAACAGUUCAUGGUGACAGCCAGAGUCGAGUGGUACUCUGCCCAGUGGACUACCUGCUCGCCCUCCAGGAAGACUGUCACAAAUGCCCAGUUAGUGAUCACAAUUAACCAUCAAGCCAAUCAAUUUGUGAUGGUUUCAGUUGGCCAAAACAUCCUCUUACACCCUUCCCUGUAUCCCAUUGGCCUGUAUGAAAUAUGAGUAUAUAUUUGUUUUCUCUCAGCUAUAUAUACCACUGCUGUCCAAGGGCUGGUGCUACACAGUUUGAGUGCUCAAGGGGCCCCAAGGGUCCUGGGUGACUUGAGGAAAGAUUGUGGUUUUAGGAAGAUAUUGAAAAGGGACAAUCGUAUGCAGUUCAUAGAUGCUAUUGAGUGAUCAUUAAUGUUUACCCCGUAUGAAGUAUUCUACAGUUCUCUUGGCAGAUCUGUAUUUAUCUUGAGUUAUACUUGACAUAGAAAUCCUUUGGGUUUUUUUUAAUACUAUGUGUGUAUUUUGGAAAACUUUGUAGAUGUUAAAUUUUCUGAAGGGUUACAAAUAUUUCUCGUAAUACUGAACUUGUUAUCUUAUUCUCCAGAAACUCUUUGCAAUUUUUUGUCUGUAUAUAUUUGAGGGCCUUAAAAAAAAAAAGGGAAAAAGGAAGAAGAAAAGAAAAAAGGAAUGGCUUGCUUUUUAUUGUUGUUGAGUUUUUUAAAAGAGGCAUCUUCACAAUUAUUUUAAACUGUUCAGAAGGGCCUGGUUCUCCAAUUGAACACAACCAAGCUAAGAGUUUCCUUAAAUAUUCUGCAAACUCAGAGCGUAUUCUCAAGAAAAUAUUUAUGAUGGGAAAUUGUCUCUUUUUUUUUUUUGAUUUUUUACAAUGCUUUUUGUCUGUAUAAAGUAUGCAACCGAACUACAUUGAGAAGGAAAUAUUGUCUACAUAGAAUAUUAUAUGAAAGUUGGUACAUAAUUCUGAUGAGAAGAAUCCUUGCAAUUCUUUAAGCCAUAUUGUUGUUUUAUGUUUUCCUUGGAUGAAAAUAUCAGUAUUGAGUAACCAAUAUAUUAUUCAACUGUUUAGACUUAUUAAUAUGCUUAUGUAGUUUAUUUAUAUGUGUAUUUUGGGAAGUAUUACCUUUUAAGGAAAGCUAUAAUUAGAUUUGAUAGCAAGGAAGGAAACCAAGAAUAUUUUAUUAUUCUUUACUUUAUGACUAGACUCAAGAUCCCAGUUCCUGGAGGGAAGCCCAGCUCCUAGACAUUUGGGAUUACCCAUACCCUGUCCUGUAAUAUAAUUAUAAUCUCUUCUCUCUCUCUCUCAUUUUCUUAAACUUUUUAUUUUUAAUUUUGAUAGGGGGGUUGGGGAAGGAGGGAGCAUCUGGUGAGGGCCUCUAUUUGACAAACUUGUGUCUCACAUGACCAUUUGCCAGCCCUCAAGACAAACUAUGGUCCUAACCGUUCUCCUAAUAGGAACAGGACAAUCCAUGGGAUGACCUCCAGGAUGAGGCCAGCCCAGGGAGGAGAAUGGAUGAAGAGAAUUUCCAGAUCCUCAGGUGCCCCUUAUUGUAGGACUUGCAUGAUCCUACCUUGGUGCCUUGCACAGGGCCUAAUUCUGUAACAGAUUUCAUUGUGGUUGUCAUUCUGAAUGGAAGCCCUCACCCCAACCCUCUGCUAGUCUCCAGUUUUACACUAAAUGAAUAUUUAAUCCAACAAUCACUACAUUUUAUACUAGAAAGACAACUAACACAGUAGUUUAUGAGUUCUUAGAGCUUUAAGAAAGUUAACCUAAUGAUUAGUCUUGGGGUUAUUGAGGUGGGGAAGGGGCUUUCUGUCUCGCUUGUCAUCUGUCACCCACUGGUUUUUGUCAGCCUCAGUUGCCUUCAUGUAUUGAGUCCCUGUCCCAUGUCUAUAUCUGUUAAUAUGUGUGUAUACAGCUAAAAGACAAACAAGACCUAAGGACAAAGGCUUAGAGGGUGCACGGAGGAGGUGGCCCAGGCUGCCCUGACCUCUCAGCCAAAGUGUCCAUAGGUUGGCAUUCCAGCGUGUGCCUUAUCUCCUGGAUACUACGUAUUACAGCUUCCUUAUAGAAUCAUAGCCUUUUCAUGCUGUAUUAAAAAAAUACUUUUCAAAAGCCAGAGAGAGUCUUGAAUGUCAUUGUUGGUGAUGAGUGUUCACUAGGGGGAUUGGGGAGGUGGUGAGUGAGGUGGAGGACAAUAUAACCAGAAGUCAAAGAGGAUUCCACGAAUCCUGGGAAUGAAUAGGAUGUCAUCCUCUCCCCCUAACUCAAUGCCAUUUCCUAUACAACCCUUCUGCCAUCCACCCUGGCCCAAUUGAAAACUGUCUUCAAACUAGCUUCCCAUCCUGAGUCAGUACCCAAGACUGAUAUGGAUUGUUGACUGAUUAGGUCACAAAUUAGCUCAGCCAUUAAGAUUCCUCCAUCACCAUAUAUAGAAGUGAUUGCUCACGAAGGCACUGGAAGUUCUUCACUUGCUGAAUAGCUUGAACCUCUGAACAAGGCCAAGUCUUUUCAUCCCAAGUGCAUCAUGAAUCUCCAAGACAGCAAGGAAAUGAUUGGGGGCAUGGAGAAGAGUUUGGAAACAUGAAGAAUAAAAAAGGAGUCUGGUGGAAGAAAGUAGAGUUUGUUAGUGAGUAAUGCAAGUUUUGGGGAGAGACCAUAUUUUUCCUGUAAAGUUUCUUAUUAUAGACUAAUGGUGGAGAAAGAUAUAAUUGACCAGAAGGGAAAAAGAAAUCAAUCAAGCAUCACCUACAUGAACAUCAACUUAAUAAACAGUGAGGUUUUUUUAAGAG